AUGCAAACAGUACAACCAACAACAAUCACCAAUAUUUCAGAACGUGAAGACAUGAUGGUGGAUGCAUACAUAUCACAACACCAUAACACACAUCUGCCACUUGCCAAUACAAAUUAUUCACAAACUAGAAUAAUUGUUAACAUGAAUAUUCAUCCAAUAUCCAUGCAUGCAUUCGAUUCAACAACAUGUCCAGACCCUUUCAAAGAUACUCUUGAAUACUAUUGCAAAAUUGGAAUCUUCAUCAAUAACUUGCCACAAUUUCACAAUGAGCAAACAUUCUUUGUUUUCUACAUUCAAAACAAGCAAACCCUCGAAUACAAGGAAUGGAUAAGAUUUGAAGGAGCUGAUGGUAAUUAUAAGGAUAUUUGCUUUGGAUCACUCUUCUUGAAUUAUAUGGAAGCUAUGAAUUUACUCAAUUCUACAUGUAGAAUGGUAAUGAUACAUGGAUCACAUCAGAGAUCACGUGAACAGGCAGUAGAAUUGCGCACUACACUUGCUUAUAAGGGUUAA